AUGCUUGAAAAUGUUGUCGAGCUUAUUAAGAUUAUUAUUUUUAUCAUGGAUGUUCACGCAGCGUGGUCCCUGCUCGACCUUGAGUUUAGGUCUCCUGAAAUCGCCGCCUAUGUACAAAAAGAGAUAAAGUCAGCUCAUGCUGUAUUGUUUGUUAAAAGCUAUUGCCCUUACUGCGUCAAGGCGAUCGAAAUUCUUCGGUCUUAUAUAGGUCGUUCAUUUACGUCUUACGAUUUGCAUAUCAUUGAUAUUGGGAAACGAUCUGAUUGUGCUCAGGUUCAGGAUUAUUUGGAGGUCAUUACUGGCGCCAGAACUGUACCUAGAAUCUUCAUAGGACAGCAAUCUAUUGGUGGAUGCGUUGAAUUGGAACGGCUUCAUCGUCUGAAAUUACUUGCUGGACUUUUAUCUCAGAAGUAA